GGUUGAGUACGAUGGUAGAUGCGGGUUCAAUGGAGAGUGAGUGGGACAUUGCUAAUGAGGUGGACGUCUACAGUAACUUGGGCCAAUCCAUUCAGUGGUGUAAAGGAAGUGCCCUUGGUGCUGACGGCAGUGAUUUGGCUUUUGAUGACCUCUACGCCACCAAUAAAUGGGAGAUUUUACAAGAUAGAAAACCAUCUCCGGAGCCAUCAUUUACUGCUCUUUCACUUUCUCCUCCUGGAAGUCCGUUUGCCCAACGGCUUGAGCUGUUGCGUAGCAAAUCUCCCGCUCGCAAGCUGGAAAAGCUCAGAGAACUCAUAAGGAAGCAGAGGCAGCAGCAGAAGGAAUGCAGAGGUUCCGGGCUCCAGCCAGAGCAGCCCAUCCAGGCUCCAAACCAAACUGACCAGCAAAUGGCGGGUUCUUUCAAAACCGCUUCAGCAAAAAAACUGAUCAGGAAGGUGACCCAUGGCCCCCCAGCACCUGCUUACCAAGGGUUUAACGUAAUGGAAAUGAAGAAAGGCUCGCUGGUUUCGGAGGACACGGAGGGGAAGUUUACCGAAAAGACUUGGACCGGCAGACGAGAGCUGAUAAGACGCAGGGACCUGGGAAUCCGGAUCGCAGAGCGGGGAGCCAGCCUGCCGAAGAACACAGAAAGAAAUAAGAACAAAGUAACUCCCAAAGACUCGCGCGCCUGCUCAUCACCCAGCCCGAAGAGAACGGCCAGAGGCCCAGGACCUCACCCUUUCGGUGUGGCAGCUUGGAGAGAAGGGCAGAGGCUGGUGAGGAGGUUACUCGGCCCACCUCCUAAACUCCCAAAGCCCCAGGACAGGUCCCUGGGUCAGACUGAGAGCAACGACACAGAUUCAGAAGAUCAGCCGAUGAAAAGAGACGUGCCGAGCUCUGUCACGGUGGAACACAAAAGACUUGUGACAUUUGAAAAGGGUUCGAGAAGCUCAUUGAAAGGUUCAAGCCCUGACCAGUUCGGUGCUGGUGUUGAAAGGGACCUGCGAGUGGAGUGUGAGCGUGUAAACGGAGAUGUAGAAGGUUUGCGAUUGGCAGAAGGGAUGGGAAUGGGCCAAGGCUGGUUUGGGAGAUCGGAGGAGAGAGGCCAAAGCCUUCGAACGGUGGGGAGUGUGAGUCCCGUCAGGAGCACAAGGCGUUCAUUUCACGGAGAGCUGGGAGAGAACGUGCCCAGGUCGGGAUCUGAUCGCAGAAGGAGGAGCGUCUCACCCGAUCGAAGCAGAUCCCCUAGUGCAUUCGGGAACGAUCCUAGGAAGGGCAGGGAAAGCGGGGAAGGGACCCGCGCUCGGAGGACGCGCAGUUACGACGCGGAGGGAGCGCGAGCUUACAUGAGCAGGCGGCAGGCGGAGCGGAAGAAGAAAGAGAUGGAUGAGAGGCGGUCGGUCAAGCGCGCCGUGGACACGAAGAAGAGGAGGCUGCAGGAGGUGUACAAAAAACAGAGGGAAGCUCUCUCGAAGAGGGAGAAACCGCCAGAGGCUUCUCCGACAACACGGGGCAAUCCCCACACGGCGCGGGAGGAAUCCACCAGGAAAGACCUGGAGUUGCAGCAUCUCUCUCCCGUGGGAAUGUCCGGGCAAUGGUCCGUUUCUGUGGGUCUAGUGGCGCCUCUCACGGGCUCUGAGAUCAGCUUAAACGUUGCUCCAGAGCCUUGCCAAGGGCGCAGGAGUAAGCAGGAGAGACUGGAAGCUCUCCGUGGAAUGGCUGCCUCGCUCUCUGGCCGUGUCGAGAGCGAAGCUGAAAGACUCGGAGUCGAUGCGCAAGUUCUGAAGAGCCCUGGACACCGAGAUCGGAGCGAGAGAUGGAGAGGGAAUUAUCUGGACCCAUUUGUGUCCAUCGUUCCCACAGCGGGUGAUUACUCCAAGCAGAACUAUCCCAGUGACACUGACCCAGCUACAGCAGCAAUAGUGCAUUCUAUGGGCACCAGAUUCUCUCCCAAAUCUUUCCAAAAGUGUACAGACCCACAGGGAGAUGACGUGAAUGAAGGAGAGGCAGAGGUUUGUGAUCUGAUGGACGAGCUGCUGUGCAGUUCCACAACAGACAACGAGGACGUCUUUUGGAGCGACUUUGAGCCUCUCGUGGGACAGGAGCCACAGAGAGAUUCCAGAGAGACGGAAGGAGACUUCCUGACAGAGAGGAAGCAAGCAGAAUAUCCCAAUAAACCUGCUGACGUUGAAAGGUCCUUUGACACAGGAGAGGGGAGAGGAACAAGGAGAGGACAUGGAAGGAAUGAGCAGGAAAUGAGCAGCGGGCAAGACGUCAACCGGUGGUCCCCAAUGGGUCCAAAUACCCAGAGGCUGUGUUCACCCGAGUCACCAUCACCGACUCGGCCCAGGUCACCCUCUCGACAUCUGUCGGCGAAGCAGACCGGCAAAGGGAAGCACUCCGAUGUGGUGGGCACCAGGCACUGCCCUGUGACUGAGGAGGGUGGGCAGUGCCUUGCCCACUCUGCGCUCAACGCAAAGCCUCUGGACGGCUCCAGGCUGCUGCAUUGCACCAGGGACCUCACGGCUACAGAUGGCACGAAGGGGAAGUGGGAUCCAUUGACGCGGAGACUCUCUGAGCUCAUGAAACAACUGAAGGAAGAGACGGAGCAGCUAAGCGGGAGAUACAGCUCUCUGACUGACGACUGCUCGCAGGAGCUCCUGAGAUCUUCCACGAUGAACCCUCUGGGUAGGAGCACCGGAGAUCUGAAGAGGAAUAUCCAGAGCCCAGGAAGUGAGGAGAACUCCGUCGAUGGGAAAGGUUGGAUUUCAGCCGUGGCCAACAUUUCAGCCAGUGAUGGGCUGACUCACAAGAGCAAGUCGGUGGAGCAAUCCUUCCGGUCCUUGUUGCCGUCUGAGAGCCAUUGGAGACGGACUGUGGGAAGUGGUUCAAGGGUUCAAUUCGGGGACAACAGCAGGUGGAACACCGAGUCUCUCCAAAAGCCACUUGCCUUUGGGAGCCAGGAUGCCUUCAGCCGUUUUACCUUAGAGAUGGCUCAGCAGUAUGUGAAGGAGGAGGAACUCCGAGCCAGGCACCAGGCUGCUCUGUUCCGUCUCCGCGAAAAAGCACUGAGAGAAAAGACCGCGGCUGAGCUGGCCUGGCUGGAGCAUCAGAAAACGCACCUGAGGAACAAAGGUGACGAUGACAAAAUACCAACAAUCAUUAACAAACAACGUGGGAUUCUGAUCAAGCUGCAACAGGAGAAGAUGGAGAUCAGGAACCUCCAAAGCAUCUCCAGGGUGGCCCAUCAGGAGAGGACGCUGCUGCUGAGACAACAGGAGGAAAUCUUCAGGAUCCGUCAGUCAACCGCACAACUACAGUGCAAGCUGGACGUGUCCGUAAAAUGCAAUAGGAUUUUACAAGUGUCGAAAAGGUCUGGAGGCUCGGCCAGUCCAGAGUCAAGCCCCCGGCUUUCUGACACACAAGACUGGAGCAGCCGUCAGGUAUCCACCUCAGAGACCGGAACCGCCAUCGUGGACCGACUGAAGAAAACCCGCAGCCACUUGGAUGAAAAGUUCCUGACCAGAGAAGAGAAGGAUCUUUUGAGGCAUCGGCAACUGGCAGAGGAGCUGCUAGAGUGGAAGCAGAGGUUAGACGUGGAGGAGCGAGCUGUUCACAGAAUCGAGACCGAGGCUGUCACUGCCUGGAAGGUGAAGGCCGGAGAGAAAGAGCUGAACACGGAGGAGACUUUAACGGAGAAAUAUCUUCAGCAAUCUGAGUCGAAGGAACCUCUGGGGCCAGAGGAAGUGUUGCUGCCCGCUGCGGAUGUUCUUCUGGGAGAACGGGAUCGAGAGUUGUGGAACACGGCUUGUGCUGCUGGAAUCGCAGACCAAAUCCCUUCUACCCUUCUGGAACCUGAUAAAACGUUGGGAUUGCAGACGGGGGCAGAAGAGAUGCAAUCGCACAAACGCUCGCCUGUCACCGAGCGGAGUGGGAAAUCUGGAGGAGCACAUGUGCUGUCACUGAAGGAGGAGCUGGCAAACCGCAAGGCGAUGAUGGGGAAAAUGCGGAGAGAACAGAGGAUGCGGGAAAGGGAGAAGUUAAAGGUGGAGGAGGCCAAGCUGUGCAAAGAGCUGAAGGCUUAUGAUGCUUUUAUCCUUGAAGCACGGGCUGAGCUGAUUUCCGACACCUACUUGAACAAUGUUCCAGAUGAGGUCAAAACCCCUUUUACUUCUCAGGAUAAACCAAGGCUACAUUUUCCUUCUCCAGAGAGGUCCAACGUCCUUGACCAUUCAGCCCAAAAAGUCUUAAUAUCGAGUACAGAUGAAAUUCAGACACAAGAACUGCCCUUAAUGGAAGAUGACAAAAAUAAUGGCAUUGGAAAAAUCUUCAUAACGCAAGACCGAGCCGUAUCUGUGGACAAUCUUUCACCUGAUACAUCCACAAUCGAUGAAAAAUUAUCAUCUCAACCGCCCUCUGAGCUUCCUCCUCCCUCUGAGUCAGUUAAUGGAAUUCACAGGGCAGAAGGUCAAUUAGAAACUUUUACAUUCUACGAGUCUCAAAAGUCAUCACUAUGUUCCAAUGCUGAUAUUGUGGCUUUAGAUCCAGUGCGCACUUGCGAGGAACUUCCCCAAGAUGCCAAGGCCAGUAAUUCAAAAGGAUUCAGGAAUAAUGGACAGAAAACCAAUGGUUCUUAUGGUGCAAUGCCUGAAAAAGCCUCCAUUCAACUUGAAGUAGAGCAUAGUGGGAUCAUAUCUCCAACAAAAGAAAUGGGAUUGUUGCUCGGAAACAGACAAACUUUACACCAAAAUAUCGUUUCAGUCUUUGUUACCAGCACAACGAGCAAUCAUGAUUCAAAAACCUAUAAAGCUCCUGUCGACUCUGUGACGAAUAACCAGAUCGAUCUGCAGGGAGGUACAAUCCCUCAAGGACAUGCUGAAGAUUUGGCUCAAACUACCAUUGUAAAAUACAGAACAAACUGA